UAAAGGAACCUGUGUAUAUAUAAUUGCGCCCGAUUUCCUUGCUACGGAAAUGAGCUAAAGAAAAGACACCAGCAGCAGCAUUCUUCAGAAUGGCUUCAAGUUCAGGUACUAUGAAGAGUUCAUUUACAAGUGUGUCCAUCCUUCCAGAUAAUAGUAAUCAACAAGAUGCUAUUCAAAUAUUCAAAAUCGAUGCAAAGAAGAGAAAAAUGAUAUUUUACGAAGAUCAACUGGAAUUACUAAAAAGCGCUAAGUUCAAAGAUUACAAAGUUUGCGUCAUUUCAGUGACUGGAAGCUACAGGACAGGCAAAUCUUUUCUUCUCAAUUUCUUUUUGCAUUUUUUGAAGAAGAAGUGUCAAAGUGUGGAACAAGAAUGGAUGGAUGUCAACGACACCCUAACUAGUGGAUUUUUAUGGGAGAAAAGUUCACAGGGAGUUACAGAUGGUAUACUUAUAUGUCCCGAAAUUUUUUUAACGAAAACAAAAGAAGGCGAAAAAAUUGCUAUAAUUUUGAUGGACACUCAAGGAAUGUCUGAUCACCAAACUUCUUACCCUGAGUGCACUAAGAUUUUUGCCCUCAGUGCAUUAAUUAGUUCAGUUCACAUUUACAACAUCCAGAACAAACUUGAUUUAGAGCAGCUUGGUGUUCUACAAUUAUUUGCAGGAUAUGGGGCGAUGUUUAGCGACAGCGACAAGAAACCUUUCCAACAUUUGGUCAUUUUGAUUCGAGACUGGGUAAAUCAUGAAGAGUACGGUUUCGGUUUUGAAGGGGGCGAGAACUUAUUAAUUUCCACUUUCAAGAAACACGAAAAAUCCAACUUAAGUGAAAUACAAAAAACUAUUAGAGAUAAUUUUGCGAAUGUUCGGUGCUUUCUGAUGCCAAAGCCUGGAAGUAAAGUUGAGACAAGGGAAUUUAAAGGCGGUUUUAAUAAAAUUAAAGAAAUAUUUCGCGAUCAUGUGAAAACCUUUGUUGAAGAUAUUUUAACGCCCGAGAAUCUAGUACCGAAAAAGAUUGAUAAUAAAUUUAUUACGGUCGCAGAGUUACUUGGAGUUAUUAAUGGUUACUGGAGAUGUAUUAAUGAGAAUGAUAAGUUAUGCAUUGAAUCAAUUUACAUGGCAACUACUAAGAUUUCUUUUGAACACCUAGUGAAUGGAAAGGUAGAAGAAUACAAGAAACGUCUAGGGAGUUGUACAGAUCGAACACAAGCUAACAAUGAGAAAAGUGAAAUUUUGAAAGCAUUUGAAAAGCAAAGGGAGAUGAAGUUGGGCACAGAAAAAUUGCAAGACAGUUUUAAAAAACAGCUUGCACAGCUGCUUGAUGCGCUAUGCAAGGAGUUUCACAGAAUUUUAAAUCAAGAAGAUGUACUAGGAAACGAAUAUAUCGAACAUGUAAAAGAAUGUACAACUUUAGAAGAGAUGGAGAAGAUAAAGGACCGAAUUUUGAAGAAAUUCCAGAAAUCAGCAAACAUUUUUAACUCCCUCAAGGAGGUACAAGAACUGUCUGAGCAACGGUUAACAGGUCUACUUCAUAAGGUGUAUAAAGAUUUUCAUAUACUUUUCGAUCAUGUGAAUGUAUUAAAAAUGGAAUACAUACAAGUCGUUAAAGAACGUAUAACAUUAGAACAGACCUCGAAAGUGAACGAGACAAUUCUGGAGAAAUUUCGAGACAAAACCAAGAACAUGGAUUGCAAUGACCAACUGCGAGAUCGUUUUAAACAGCGGUUAACCAUAUUGCUUGAUACGAUGUAUAAGAAUUUGCACACACUUUUCGACCUCAUGAAUCAGUUAAUAAAGGAAUAUUCCGAAAGCGUCAAAGAAUGUAGAACUUUAAUAGAAGGCCAGGAAAUGAUGAGCAGAAUUUUGGCUAAAUUUGAAGAAAAAAGCGACAACAUGGAUUGUGAGAACGAAUUGCGAGAUCAUUUUAAGCAACGGUUAAAUGAAUCACUUGAUAAGGCGUAUAAUGAUUUUUGCAUGCUUUUCAACCAAGUAAAUCAGCUAAUAAUGGAAUACUCGGAACGCGUUAAAGAAUACAAAACUUUAGACCAAGCCAAGGAAGCAAUGAAGAGAAUUUUGGUGACAUUUGAAGAAGAGAACUUGAACUGCGAGAAGAAAUUACGAGAUCAUUUUAAGAAUAGCCUAAAUAUACAACUUGAUAAGGUGUAUAAUGACUUUUGCAAACUUUUCAACCAUGUAAUUCAACUAACAGAGGAAUACUCUAACCUUGUUAAAGAAUGCAAAACUUUAGAGGAAGCCCAGGAAAGGAUUAAAGUACUUUUGGUCACAUUCGAAGUAGAGAACUUGAACCGCGAGACGAACUUACGAGAUCAUUUUAAGCAGCUCCUAAAUGCGCCACUUGAUGAGGUGUAUCGUGAUUUUCGCAUACUUUUCAACCAUGUAAAUGAACUAAUAAAGGAAUAUUCCGAACGUGUUAAAGAGUGCAAAACUUUAGACGAAGCUCUGACAGAGAGGCAGAGAAUAUCACUGAUAUUUGACGAAAAGAACUCCGACUGCGAGAAGAAAUUACAAGCUCAUUUUAAGAAUCGUCUGAAUGAAGAAUUUUAUAAGAUUUAUAAUGAUUAUCACAAAGUUUUUACUCAUGCAAAUCAACUAAAAGACGAAUACUCCAACAUUAUUAAAGGAUGCAAGGGCUCAAAGGAAGCCCAUGUAGAGAUGCAGAGAAUUUUGAUGAAAUUUCAAGAAGAGAACUUGAACUGCGAGACGGAAAUACGAGAUCAUUUCAAGAAGGCCCUAAAUACACCACUUGAAGAGAUACAUAAUGAUUUUUGUCUACUUUCGGAACGUGUAAAUCGACUGAUAAAGGAAUACUUCGAACGCGUUAAAGAAUGCAAAACUUUAGAACAAGCCGAGGCAGAGAUGCAAGGAAUUUUGGUGACAUUUGGAGAAGAGAACUUGAACUGCGGGAAGGAAUUACGAGAUCAUUUUAAACAGCGCCUAAAUGCAGAAUUUAAUAAGAUUUAUAAUGAUUAUCGCAAAGUUUUUACUCAUGCAAAUCAACUAAAAGACGAAUACUCCAACAUUAUUAAAGGAUGCAAGGGCUCAAAGGAAGCCCAUGUAGAGAUGCAGAGAAUUUUGAUGAAAUUUCAAGAAGAGAACUUGAACUGCGAGACGGAAAUACGAGAUCAUUUCAAGAAGGCCCUAAAUACACCACUUGAAGAGAUGCAUAAUGAUUUUUGUCUACUUUCGGAACAUGUAAAUCAACUGAUAAAGGAAUACUUCGAACGCGUUAAAGAAUGCAAAACUUUAGAACAAGCCGAGGUAGAGAUGCAAGGAAUUUUGGUGACAUUUGGAGAAGAGAACUUGAACUGCGGGAAGGAAUUACGAGAUCAUUUUAAACAGCGCCUAAAUGCACAACUCGAUGACGUGCAUAAGGAUUUUAUCACACUUUUCAAUCUUCUAAAUCAACUGAUAAUGGAAUACUCAGAAAGCGUUAAAGAAUUCAGAACUUUAGAGGAAGCACUGGCAGAAAGGUUGAGAAUUUUGGGAAUAUUUGACGAAAAGAACUUGAACUGCGAAAAGAAAUUGCGAGAUCAUUUUAAGAACCGACUAAACGCAGCAUUUAUUAAGGCCUAUGAUGACUUUCGCAUACUUUUCAAUCACGUGAAUCAACUAACGCAGGAAUAUUCCAACCUUGUUAAAGAAUGCCAAACUUUAGAGGAAGCCCACGAACAUAUUAUGAUGGCUUUGGUGGCAUUUGAAGAAGGACACUUGAACACUGAAAGGGAAUUAAAAGAUCAUUUUAAACAGCAACUAAAUGCACGUCUUGAUAAGAUGUUUGAGGAUUUUUCCGUACUUUUCAAAGAAGCAGAGGAACUAAAGAAGCUAUAUUACGAAAGUGUUAAAAAAUACAGAACUUUAGGAGAAGCUAUGGACAAACAGACAGAAAUUUCGAAAAUAUUUGAGAACCGCAACUUAAACUGCGAGAAGAAAUUACGUAAUCAUUUUAAGAAACGUCUAGAUGGACUGCUUAAGGAGGUGUAUACCGAUUUUAGCAGACCCUGCGUACAUUUCAAUCGUCUAAACGACGAAUACUGCAGGGAUAUUCAACAAUGCAAAAGUUUAGAAGAAGCUGAUGAAAAGUUGAAAGCAAUCUAUGUGACAUUUGCACAAAAUACCUUAAAUUGCGAGGUUGAAUUACGAGAUAAAUUUAUGGAAUAUUUGAAAAAAGAAUGUUUGCAGAUAUAUAAUGAUAACAAAACUAAAAUUGAAAUGAAGAGAGUUGACGAUGUUUCUAAUGGUAUCGUCUUCUGGGGUGGAAACAUUUUAGCAGCUAUUGGGGGAGUUACUGGUGGAAUAGUAGGUGGUCCCGUGUUGGGUGCUCUUAUGUCAGGAGCUGGUAAAUCUGUGGGAAGUGCACUCGGUGCAACUUCACGUGCAAUUGGAAAAGUUGUAGUAAAAGUAAAAAAUUAUAAUAACGAGGCUGCAGAAGAAUAA